AUGAAUAGUGACCAAAAUCCCGUUACGAAUGCACCGGUAGCACCUACCUACGUAGAACUGUACACGAUGGUGCAACAAUUAAGUGAACAGUUGAAGGCUAUGUCCGAGAGCCAAAGGCAAAAUGCUUCCUCGAGCGGUGACAACUCGAAUCGCGCCAGUUGUACUACUGCUGAAUUUCGCAUCGUCCCGGACCUGAACAAGACAGUAAAGGAAUUCUGCGGACGAGAAACGGCGUGUGAAGCGGAUGAUUGGUUCGAGUCCGUUAAUACGUUGGCGCGAAUAAACAACUGGCCAGACGGUUACAGGUUACAGUUCAUACGUUCGUGCUUGGUCGGAGCAGCACGGAAUUGGUUCCUAGGACGGGAGUUCGAAAACUGGGACGAUUUCUCCAAGAAAUUCAAAUCCACGUUCUCGAGGGGAAUGCGUGUCACCGACAAGUGGAACCUGAUGCAAAAACGAGUUCAACAAAAGAACGAACAUGUAGUGGACUUCUUCCACGAAAAAAUAAGGAUGUGUCGAGAAUUGAAACUGUCCUUCGACGAGAUCAAUUAUCACGUGCUGCAAGGCGUAUAUUCGCGUGAGCUGGCCAUUUUCGCGCUGAGUAAUAAACACGAAAACGAAAAUGAGCUGCUUGGAGACCUACUAGAGUGGGAACGAUUGAACGCUCUGCGUAACGGUAUAAGCCGAAAAGACGAUCUGGUCGACAAAAGAAAUGAAAAAUCCAACUACAGUUCAAAGAAGUCUGAAAAAAAUGUGACGGCGACCGUGAACCAAGUACCGUUGUACGUAGCACCGCACCGACGGGAGACUAAGACUACUACGACUAACGGAGAAUUACCAAGUAGUGAACAGGUCGAGUGCUGGUUUUGUCACAAGACAGGCCAUGUCGGACGCGAUUGUUCUCAGCGUCUAGAGAAGCUGACGUGUUAUGGUUGCAGUGGUAAGGGUCAUUUAAAAAGAGACUGUCCGGCACGGAGCAAGGCAGAAACCAACGUGACGACGACGGGAGUCACAGUUGACAACCCACAUCGGUAUUUAAAGUAUGGAGUCAUACGAGGUGCAGUGGUGAGUCUACUUGUAGACACGGGUUCACAUUAUUCACUAAUUAAACAAAGUGUAGCCGAAAGAGUUGGAUUGGUGAUCGAGUAUGCUACGCAACCGUUGUACGGAAUUGGUAGUGUAACAGUACCAACCACGACGACAGUUGGAAGGGCGUUGGAGAGCAUAACGGUCGAAGGUGUCGAGGCUGGACCCGUAACGUUAUUAGUAGUACCUGACGAUGCACAGCGCACGGAACUCAUAGUGGGUAGAGGUUGGUUAGAUCUACCUUACGUCACGUACUACAAGACCAGCAACGACCUGAUUAUAAAAAGAAUUGACAAGAACUGUCUGAGUACGUCGACAGGAAACGCGGACAUAACAAGUAGCACCGAUGCUAUAGUGCAUGUGACAGAAGUUGAUGAGUCACUGUACAGGGAGCCGCUGACGGAAGCAGAUUUCAAGUACGUAAGCACUGAAGCGACAAGGGUGGAAAGGGACGAGUUGCUAGUGUUGCUGAAUUCGUACAGAGACACCUUUGCGAAAAACCUAAGUGAACUCGGGUGUACCGAAAUGGCUGAGCUCCGCAUAGAUGAAGAGGAAGGCAGCAAACCAGUGACUUGUAGACCAUAUAAGGUGUCAUUGGCAGAACGCAAGGCCAUGGCUGAGAUAAUCGCUGAGUGGAAAUCGUGCGGAAUAGUCACGGAGACACGGUCACCGUAUGCGAGUCCCGUACUACUGGUAUCACAGAAAGGUGGCAAGUCAAGACUGGUGGUCGACUACAGGCGCUUGAACAGACAGACUCGGAGACAAAACUUUCCACUACCAAGCAUGGAUGAACAGAUUACGUUGCUCGGAACCGGACAGCUGUUCGUCCAGCUAGACCUUGCGAAUGGAUAUUUUCAGGUACCGCUGGCAAAGGAGUCUAGAGAAAAGACCGCCUUCAUUACACCAGACGACAUGGGUGAGUUCACAAGAACACCGUUUGGCCUAGCUGGAGCACCUGGGGAAUUUCAACGACUGAUGAACGUAGUGCUGGGAGAGCUGCGUGGUACAUUAGUCAAGAGUUAUUUGGAUGAUUGGGUGUUGGAGGCCAGUGACUGGGAAGACAUGCUGACCAAAUUGGAGCUAGAGUUGAAGUGCUUAAGAAAGGCCAAACUAACGUUGAGACCCGGUAAGUGUAUGUUCGGAACCAAAGAAAUCGAAUUUUUGGGUUUCGUAAUCACCAAGGGCGAAAUUAAACCUGGUCGGGAGAAAACUAGGUCGAUAUCCGAAUUUCCAAGACCCGAGAAUAUACACGAACUGCGGGGAGGUUUCUAG